AUGGCAACAGCACCACAGGUCUACGGAGCUGACGAAAUCAAUGCCGUUGUUCUGGAUGCUUCCUCCUAUAGAACUAAAAUAGGCUAUGGAUCAUUGGACUGCCCCAUUUUGAAUCUUCCCUCUUACUAUGGACAUCAAACAAAAGAUGGCUCCGAGAAGUUCAUAUUUGAAGAAAACUCCAUGUUAAUACCAAGGCCUGAUUAUGAAAUUAAAAAGAUCAUGAAAGAUGGGAUUAUAGAUGACUUUGAAGGCGCUGUUAAGCAAUAUAACUAUAUGUUUGAUGUAUUGAAGUUGAAGCCCUCUGAGCAACCCAUCCUGGUGAUAGAAUCGACUCAAAAUGAAUACGAAAAGAAAACGGCUCUGUUGAAACAGCUACUCAAAGAAAACAAGUUUGUUGCCACCUUCUUGAUCAAGAAUCCAACGUGUGUUUCAUUUGCACACGGAAGGCCUAACUGUUUGGUGGUUGAUUUGGGGCAUGAUCUCGUUACCAUAACACCUAUCUUGGAUGGAAUCUCCUUAAGAAAACAAGUUUUGGGAACUCAUUACGCCGGUGCCUUUCUUAGUCAACAACUGAGACAGCUUUUGAAUCACAAAGGUGUUGAGGUAGUGCCUGUUUACAAAGUGAAGAGUAAGGUUCCCACUUAUUUCCCAGAUGAGGCAAAGUUCGAAGAACGCAAGUACGACUUUGAUAUAUCUGAAUCCUUUGAAAACUUCCAUAAAUUGCGAAUACUACGCGAGAUGAAAGAGACUCUAUUGCAGGCUCUACCGGAUAGUGAGACGGAAAAACUGAAGGAGCAGGAAACUGAGGAGGAUACUCGUUACUUUGAGUUUCCAAAUGGAUUAAACGUCCCAUUUACAAAAUACGAACGUGUGAGGUUGGCGAACUCGCUGUUCAAUCCGUCAGAGCCAUACACAGGCGAAUCUGGCCCCAAUAUCGUAGUUGAAGGAUUUUCAGUUGAAACUGGAAAAAUCAUCAAUGAAGACACAAUUACUUCCAGAGAAUACGUGCCUCUUAGAAGAUCUAAGAAAACAGAUUCGUCCAGCGGACGGCGCUCUAAAGAUGAACCUACGGAUGAUAAGCCCCGUGGUUUGACUUCUUUGGUAAAUCAGGCUCUAAACCACCUAGACGUAGACUUGAAGCCACAGUUAGCCAACAACAUAAUCCUCACAGGAGCAACAUCCCUGAUUCCGGGUGUUGCAGAACGUCUAAACCAAGAACUUACGGCGAUGAACCCAGGAUUGAAGGUACGCAUUCAUAGCAGCGCAAACGUCAUUGAAAGAACAUGUUCCGCCUGGAUUGGAGGGUCAAUUUUAUCCAGCUUGGGAACAUUCCACCAACUUUGGGUUAGUGAGAAUGAAUAUGACGAGGUUGGCGCCAAAAAGCUGAUCAUGGACCGGUUUAGAUGA